AUGCUAUUCGUCAACAGUGCUCGGGCAUUAUUCACGCUGGCAGUCAUCUCGUCGUCCACUCCAAUUUUCAUAGCCCUGAUUGUACCCCUCUCUGGGGUCUACUAUUGGGUACAGCGCUACUAUCUGCGAACGUCUCGGGAACUUAAACGUCUAGACUCUGUCAGCCGGAGCCCAAUCUAUGCGCAUUUCCAGGAAUCCUUGGGUGGCAUCACCACUAUUCGGGCAUACCGGCAGCAGACGCGUUUUGCAAUGGAAAACGAGUGGCGCGUCGAUGCAAAUCUACGGGCUUACUUCCCCUCGAUCAAUGCGAACAGAUGGCUCGCUGUACGACUCGAGUUCCUAGGUUCAAUCAUCAUCCUCAGUGCUGCUGGCUUUGCCAUCAUCUCUGUCUCGACAGGCAGUAAUCUAUCUGCUGGUCUGGUCGGGUUGGCCAUGUCGUACGCUCUGCAAAUCACUCAAUCCCUGAACUGGAUUGUCCGCCAGACGGUCGAGGUAGAGACUAAUAUUGUGUCGGUGGAGCGUGUGCUGGAGUAUGCACGCCUACCAAGCGAAGCACCCGAGGUGAUCCACCGAAACCGGCCACCAAUCAGCUGGCCUGCAGCGGGAGCUGUGCAGUUCAACAAAUACAGCACCCGUUAUCGGGAAGGAUUGGAUUUGGUGCUGAAGAAUAUCAAUCUGGACAUCAAGCCGCACGAAAAGAUUGGUGUCGUGGGACGGACGGGAGCAGGGAAGAGUUCGCUGACGCUUGCCUUGUUCCGAAUCAUCGAACCGGCGGAGGGUAAUAUAAGCAUUGAUUCUCUCAACACGUCGACGAUAGGGCUGCUGGAUCUGAGGCGCCGGUUGGCUAUCAUUCCGCAGGAUGCGGCUCUGUUUGAGGGGACUAUCAGGGAUAACCUCGAUCCCGGCCAUGUGCACGACGAUACGGAAUUGUGGAGUGUGCUCGAACAUGCUAGGCUGAAGGAUCACGUCGCUAGUAUGGAUGGUGGUCUCGAAGCUAAGAUUCACGAAGGCGGAUCCAAUCUCUCCCAAGGCCAACGCCAACUCGUCUCUCUGGCGCGGGCCCUCCUCACCCCCUCCAACAUCCUCGUGCUCGACGAGGCCACGGCAGCCGUCGACGUCGAAACGGACGCCCUGCUCCAAGCAACGCUACGCUCCCCGCUCUUCAGCAAACGCACCAUCAUCACCAUCGCACACCGCAUCAAUACCAUUCUAGACAGUGAUCGGAUUGUGGUGCUUGAGCAGGGGGAGGUCAAGGAAUUUGGGAGUCCGAGGGAGCUGAUGGGGUUGGGGCAGAGGGGAUUGUUUUAUAGGCUAGUCAAGGAGGCGGGGUUGGAGGUUAGGUAG